AUGUCGCGCCCAUUCAAGCAGAGAGAGAUUGCCUGCGCUCGCUGCUUCCGCUUGAAGCGGAAAUGCGACCAUGCAAAGCCCACCUGUGGCGAAUGUCGCCGUAAAAGUGCCGAGUGUCUUCCGGCAAGGUCUCGCAGGUCCGGGGAUAGCAUCACCGUCCCGGUCGCGUACCUGAAGGAACUCGAAAGACGGGUGGCGGAGUUGGAAGAUUCGCCACGCACCGCGGGCGCUCACGUCGAGUUGCGCGAUGCAAGUGUCCAGACAAAUCCCCAGGCAGAAAUGGAAGACUAUACGACAGGUGCCGUUGGAGAUGGAGCCUUGGUACUAUUUGAAGCAGACUUACCUUGUCAAUCACCUCUCCCUUCUGCAGACUUCGCCAAUCUUUUCUCCAAUCUAAACUACGACAAUCUCGACUUUUUCCGUCUCAACAAGGAUUCGGCGUACCCAAUUCUCGGAGACGAUACUCCGUGGCUCACGGGGCUCUACACAAAUAUCUAUUUCUCGAUUGCCCACCGCGAAUGGCCCUUCCUCAACGAGACCACCUGGAAAACCUGGCACAAGGAGGGAACAUUACAAGAUCGAGAAGAGUGGAGGUACUUCUUUUUGCGAAUGGUAUAUGCCAUUGGUGCAUUGCUCUGCAGCACCAUGCACCGAGACCCUGCGCACCUGACUCGCUCAAAGGAACUCUACGCAUCUGCAAUGAACUACUAUCCGCACGUCGUGGGUCAUACAUCAAUGGUCCUGCAAAUUCAGGCAUCUCUGCUUCUCAUUGUCUAUGCCUUGCAUUGUCCAUCCUCAGAGGAGAUUUCCACGAGUGUCUCUUCGAUAAUGCCAUUCUGUAUCACUGCAGUGACCGAAAUGCGAAAGUAUAUGCGGGCCAAUCAAGAGGAUGGAGCUAUCGACUCCUCCGGCGAGGCUUCAUUAGAGAACAUGUUCAUCACUUGUUAUAUGCUCAAUGAGAUUGUGGCCUCUGGGUGGGACCGACCCGUAUCUGCGGCAUACCAAGCCGUUGAUGAUGAUUUAUUCGAGCUUGGAGACUCGGUCCAACCGCCGACCCAAACACACCCCGCCAUAAGCCAUCUGUUCCGACUUCGAAAGAUUCAAACAAAUAUCAGGAGGUCACUAGAAAGCUCUCGAUGGCAGUUCUCUGAAGAAAAAGACGCUUUUUGUUCUUCUCUCAAACUGGCUUUGGAUCUUUGGAGGCAGGACAUCCCUCGCUAUGGAACUGAUAAGGUCUCUUGCGGUUAUUGCCAUCCCAACUGGAUGACAAAAUUGUACGAUUAUAGCAUCUUGAUCUUGAUGGAAGAAAAACGCAAUUUCCUUGAUCAGGAAGGAACCGAUGAGAUUUUCUCUGCCAUUGUCGAAGUGUGUCUCAAAUUCCGCCAAUUCCAGGAAGAAGGACACGUGAUGUGCUUCACUUGGUCUGCGCUUGUCUUCCAGUUCCGGGCCGGAGUUAUGCUCCUUUAUUUAAUCUGGGCGACGCGGCCUAUCCUGGACAGUCCUAGUCUGCGCCAAAGAUGCCGGACAUACGACUCACCAGAAGCCAUCGAAGCAUGCACUAAAAACCUGAAGGGCUUUGCAGACCGAUGGGAAGAUGCGAUACCAUAUUCGAAGGUUUUCGAGUUCUUGCAUCACAAGAUUCUAUGGCAUACUGGUCAAUCCACAGGAGAUCAGACUCUUGCCCUGGAAGAGGCCGAAUCACACUUACAACAGCUUAAGAAUAAGCAUCUCCACCGCGCAAUCCUGGGUAUGAUUGAAGAUGUCAUGUAUGGAGGCUUCGUCCAAUAUGAGGAGGUCCCAGACGACUACGAAACUGGGAUGGCAUACGACUUGUAA